AUGGGCGACCAUAAUUCGGGCCGAUUAGAGGCCCUACUAGCUUUCUUCAUAAAAAAAUUCCCAGAUGCGUACAGGGAGUUCACCGAGGUGAACCCCGAAAUAAAACCCACCAAUUUCGAUACGGACAGCCCGGCUUCACCGGACUGUCCAAAAAGCAAUCCAUGUCGCAUGGAUUGCUCACCAAUCGGCUCGGAAGCCGAGACAGACUCGACGCCGUCCUCCUCGGACGCAGAAGAGGAAAACGACGGGUUCAAACCCGUCCUUACCAAAUCUGGUAAGAGGAAGGCGGCCAAGUCACUAAAGGCGCCGCCGCCAACCAAAAAACCGUUGACCCCAGCAGCUGCCGGUGCAGCUGCGCACGCACCUGCGGACACACCUGUGUCCGCACCUGCGGUUAUUCGGACUGACAAUAGAGCCACCGUUAAACCGCCUCGCCCCGGGGCAAUGUCACUCCUAGUGUUGUACGCCUAG